AUGUGGCAGAUCGAAUCCUUUUGGGAGAAAUCUUUGAUUCCACUGGUGAAGAUACAUGAAACCCUUGAUCGUAGCCAAACUGUCGAGCGAACCUAUGGGGAUUGUACUGCUGACCAUGAAGGAAAAUCGGAUUCGGAUCUCGUAUUGGAACGGAUCUUUGAUCAAUCCGACCCGUUAGUCCCAUCAAAUACCUCUCUCGUUCGCUCUCCCGGCAUUGGAAACAUCUUCUUCUUCUUCUUCUUCUUCUUCAUCGUCGAUGCCAAACUAGCUCGAAGCUCAAGCUGCCCCAAGGUUGCUCCAAGGUCGCUGGCCCUCCCGAAGAUCUUGACAGCAAGAAGGACCUGGAGGGGGAAUGGAUUUGCCUGGUGGAUUGGAUGCUUCUGGAGGAAGGGAAAGAUGCAGAAUAAAAGGCUUAAGGAUGUGGAAAUUAGCUUUCCAAUUGUUUAUGGCACUAUAUCCUUUUGGCUUGGUAAAAAAGCAAGCGAGAGGCGACAAGUGAGGAUUUGAGUGUAAUCAUAAAGCGCUUUGUGUUUCAACUACAUCCUAGUUUUAAUAAUCCAACUAGCGCAGUUGAAUCAGCACCUUUUGAAGUGUCAGAGUCUGGUUGGGGAGAAUUUGAGAUUGCCAUUAGUCUCUUUUUUCACAAUGAUGUUUGUGACAAGCAAUUGGACCUGUAAGUUUAUUCCAAAUUUGUGUUAAACAGCCUUAUGCCUUAUGCUGUUUUUGUUUCCUUCUUGUUCUUCCUUGCACGCGAUUGUACUUGUCAAACAGCCUUAUGCCUGUUGUUGUUGAAACAUAUGAUGAAAUAGUUUUUUCCAAGCCUUCAGACGCUUUUUUUGUCUGCGUCCAAAACCGUCCUGCUGCUGGUUUAAACCUGCCACCCACAGUACGUACCUUCUGAAGUUAUGAAUGAGAAGAAGAUAUGCGACACCAAGGAUCAUCCACUGAGUCAGUGGUUCAUGAAUUUCUCAGAAGCUGAUGAGCUACAAAAGCUUGCUGCGGCUCGUCAACAGGUAAAGGCUGAUUCUCCUUUUCCUUGAUCUAUCCAGACAAGCAUAUUGGUCAGUCAAAUGCAUCAAAUGCACUGUGUAGUGAAUUCCUUCCUUGCUAUGACUUGGCCAAUCAACACUGGGAAUUCCUCCCUUGCUAUAAUGUCCCCAAUCAACACUGGCAUGAUGGCUUUCAUAUCAUGACAUGGAUAUUUAUGUAACAGCUAUAUUAAAACUAAGAUUUAUGGCUCAACAAUUUGUUGUUUGUAAAACAAUCUUUCCUUGUUAAUGUUUUUUUUCCUUUAUUGGUUUA